AUGCCGCUCAGUCUCCUGCUCCAGCCUCAGUUCAACAACCCAGACACUGCAGAGGAUCUGCAGUAUCACUCUCGGCGAACUGCAGAGGUCCUUCAGCUGAUCAAAGCUAAUGGUGGCAAACCUCCAUUUUAUGAUGACUAUAUUAUGGACCAAGAAUAUUUAUCUGCUAUAAACAACGGUACAAUCGACGAAGAUAGCAUUCUACUCAUGUCCUCUUUUGACGGCAUCCAGCUCUUUAGAUAUCAGCAGUCCAAAGUCUAUAUUCUUGUCUGGGUGAUUCUCAACUACUCCCCGGACAAACACUACAAAAAGAAGCACGUACUUCCUGGCUGCAUUAUCCCUGGCCCUAAUCCACCAAAAGACAUCGACUCUUUCCUUUUCCCAAGCUAUCAUCAUCUCGCAGUGCUGCAGCACAAAGGUCUCAAGGUAUACAAUGGCUAUAUGCGCGAGAUUUGA